AUAAUUGGAGGAGAGGUCCUUUAGAUGGAGAAAGUUAGCGGGAGAGAGAGAGAAAGAGCGCUUUCGGAUUUCCGUUUUUUUUUUCCUGGUCUAAGAGUCUGGUUUCUUGGGUGAGUCAUCGCUUAGUAUAAAUAAAGCAGAAACCACCCGUUUCUCUGCAUUUCUUACUUCUCUCUCUAAAUUGGACUCAGCGCCAAGGAUUUAGCAGGGCCACACCCUAUUAUCGUUCAGUUUUUGUGAGCAAGUUUGUUCAUAUCAAGGAGUUCAGAUUACUCUCUGGAUGUUGACUUUGGUUGGACUCUGAUGCCCGACACGACCCCCAGGAUGCACCUCAUGUGUCUUGAGGCCGCACAAAAGAUGCAGUGUGCCCUUGGGAGGACUGAUUGCAAUAUUGAGAAGGUUGCAGAUGGUGGAUUCACCACUUCAUCAAAGAAACCUUUAGAACACGAUAGUUACAGACCUAGUGCUAAGGAACCUGAGCUUGCUGCUGUAAUAUUAAAGAAUUCUGACCAAAGGUGCAUUCUUUUCACACUGAUCACAGUUAAUCUGGAUGCUCGACCAAAAAACCUUGCUCCUUUUCAUUGGCCUCUUCAAAGCUCUGAUUUGAGGAAUCAUUUGGCAUUUGGAACGCCAAAUAUGGAUGGCUUGGAACUAGUUUCUCCCCCUUCUGUCUUGUUGUUCAACCUUCCACAUACCCAGAAAAGUCAUUUCCAGCGAUCAUGGUGUUCAAAACCUUAUACAUCUGGUCGAUUUUCUAGAUCGAGGACUCCCGGGCAAUCACGAAUUAAAGCUUCAUUGAAUGUUCAAACUAAGGAAUCUAAGGUUUCCACCAAUUCUUGCAUUCAGAGUGAUGCCUUGAAUGAUUCUUCUGGAUCCUUCCAAUCUGAUGGAUCUAGUGCGGCCAGUUCGAGUGGUCUGGUCAUUGAUACUUGUAAGGGGGAAAAGCGUGCAAAAAGGAACUCGAAAAAGAAGCCAAAGAAGAAGGGAAAGCACAACAAAAGAUCCACAGAAAGUGUUGAAUUGGCAGCAGUGCAUGAGGAAUGCACCCAAGGUUGUUCUUUCUCUGAAAACUUUGAUGAGAGAGGUCCAUAUUGUGAGACUGGGCCUAAUCCUGUCAACAAUUUGCAUCGGUUUGAUGACGAUAAUAACGUAUUAACCUGUUUAUACAGUUGUGAUAGCAAUGGUAAUAACCUAGUUUCUAACUUACCUUCCCCAUCUCAAGCCCUUAGUGUUGCUGGCUCUUUCAGCAAACAAGGAGUUGAUCCCUCACUAACAGUUCAGAGAACUGAUGAUGUAAGGGUACCAUAUCCUUCUGGUUGGGAAUUUGCCGACAACUCUGCUUCCAAGGCUAAAUGUAUGGAAUACCCUGUUCCUAUGUCCGAGAAAAUGUUUUCUGAUGGUUGGAAUAGUGAUGGUAGUUAUUGUGAGGCUGUGGGUUUUGAGGAGAAGGGGCCAAGCCCAAUGAACAGUAGUACUGGAUCAGAUAAUAGUAACUCUAGUGGUAGACCUAUUGAUAUGGGAUAUUCGGUUGGGGUAGGUACAUGUGACUGGAAUUGUGAGAGACCCAACAAUCUCUGCAUCAAUGGUGUUGCUUCAGUUGCUGCUAGGGAUGUGGAGAGGCUUAAGUACAGUAAUCAGGGUUGUAGCAGUAGUAAGACACAUGCAUUUGGACUGAGCGGGAAAGCUAGGCAGGGUAGAAAAUCAAAUGGGAGCUCAUUAGGGUCGAUACCAAGAUACCAUCACGGUGUAACCAUCCAUGGGCGCAUGGGCAGGGACAAUAACCAUUCUGUCUGGCAAAAGGUUCAAAAGAGUGGAAAUGAAUGCGUUCUUGAGGCCAAGAACCCUAAUCGUCUUUGGCCUCAACCAGAUGCUGCCUCAGUGCCUGUUAGAGAUGAUGUAUUUAUGAGCCAAUAUGGCAAGAAGGGACAGAGGAGGAAUGAGCAAGAAGUAAAACCCCGAACAGCCUCUAUUUCAAGCCAUUUGGAUGCUCCGCAAGGAGUUCCAAGUGCUGUUGAUAGAACUUUGCCGCUCUCAACUGGAGAAGAUGAAGUUAUUGAGAGCACAAUGUCUGAGAGGUCCAAAGGAAAAACGAAUUUGGGGUCCAAACAAGAGCAUACAAACCAUUCCAGGAUAGGAAAUGGUGGUAGUAAGUCUAAGCUGAUUAGGCUUUCGAGGACAAAUGGUUUUCAAAGGGAAUCGCCAGAAAUCGCAUGGCAUGCGAACUAUUACAGAAGCUUUGGUGGGGGUUCAAAAUCUACUUGUUAUGCUCAAAGUGAGAGAGUGGAGGCUGCAGUCUCUGACAAAAUGGAUCGUGUCAACUCUGACUCCAUCCUUGGUUCACAGGCCAACAAUGAUGAAAUUAUUCCAGUGGGAAAUGUGGGUGCUGGUGAUGCUAAUAUGAAGAUUCAAGCUGCUUCAAAGUUGGUGAAUUCAUCAUCUAGCACUUUGAAUCUCUCUUAUCAAGUGUCUGCCAUUGAAGGCCCCGGAGACAAGUGGAGAAUAUCACAUGGAGAUUCCCCAGGAACUGACCACCCUUCUCUCACUCAUCAAGAAAAGGAAACUUUGCACUCAGAAACAGAAACUUCUUCUGUGGAGCAUGCAAAGCAAGACAUUAGUUCCAGUUAUACCUCAAAGAAGUGGAUUCCUGUUGGGAGGAAAGAUGCUGGAGCCUUCAAAACAAACACAAUAACUGAGUCAAACGGUAAUGUAUUGAACAAUGAUUUCGAUAAAUCACUGUCUAGAAAUGGAGAAGUGAAUAAUACUCAGAAAGAGGAAGCAUUUCUUCCUGAGCACUCUCAUUUCUCUUCUUCGACUAAUUCAGGUAUGGCAUGCUUGAGAUCUGAUUUUGGGGAUUUCCGAUCUUCAUCUCAGAGCCAUUUUUUGGCAACUGAGGUAAGGGUUGAUAUUGGUUCUUCUGAGGGGUUGAGUGCUCGAUCAAAGACCCCACCUGAAGAAGAGAACAGAGGUGUAUCCGUUGCAUCUAGUGAUCAUUUAUCUAGUAGAGCCAAGAAUCGACCUGUAUCCCAAUCUGACAUCGAUUCAAGGAAUCUUGCACAAGCUGUGUUUGAUUCUUACCGACUGCAAAUUGCAUCUGAAGAUGUUCGGCUCACAACUGGAAAUCCCCCUGCUGAGUUUGAAAGAAUUCUUCAUUCUGUUUCUCCAGAACUGAGCUCAACAUCCAGUUCACCCCAUUGGUCGAAAUGCUUGGGUCACUGUCUUUUUGGCAAUUCUAUGUGUAGGCAUCAGGUUUCUAAUUAUUCUUUGAGGAGCAUUUGGCAAUGGUAUGAAAGGCCUGGAAGUUAUGGAUUGGAAGUGAAGGCAGAUGAUUUACUGAACAUCAAGAGAUUGGGGAGCAAGCGGUGUGGGUUUCGGGCAUAUUUUGUGCCGUAUCUUUCAGCCGUCCAGCUAUUUGGGUUCUCAAGGAAUUCUUCGCCCUCUUGCAGUGAUGCUGCUGAUGGAGAAGCCAUGAAAAAUUGCUCGGAUUUAGCAUCGGCUGAAUACUGUGAUCUCCCUAUACUAUCAGUGCUUUUGCCAAAGCCUCGUGAAGCAGACGGUGUAGAUGGCUCAUUGUCUGAGAGUUCAGCAUGCAGUUCAGGCUUAUCUAGGUCAGACAGAGAAGAGUCAUGCAAUAUGUCUCCUGGUUUUGAUUGGUCUGAUGAUUCAGAACUUCUGUUCGAGUACUUUGAAUGCGAGCAGCCUCAGCAACGGAAACCGUUAUUCGAAAAGAUAAAGGAGCUAAUCAGAGGGGAUUCUUCAAAGUCUCAAGUGUAUGGGAGCCCAUCGAAUUUGGGUCGUAGUUUGCGUGAUCUCCACCCUGCUUCCUGGUAUUCGGUUGCUUGGUAUCCAAUUUAUCGAAUUCCAGAUGGUACCUUUCGAGCUGCAUUUUUGACGUACCAUUCAUUGGGUCACUUCGUUUCUAGGAGUGGCUCUCCUGAUUCCCCUGGUGUGGAGGCAUCUGUUGUAUCCCCGGUUGUGGGGUUACAGACUUACAAUGCUCAGGGUGAGUGUUGGUUUAUGCCGAGACAUUCAGAGGGCCAGGCUCCUGAUGCGAGUGAGGUCCUGAAAGAAAGGCUGAGGACACUUGAGGAAACAGCAUCUCUGAUGGCCAGGGCAUCUGUUCUCAAGGGUGAUUUUACGUCCAUUAACAGGCAAUCUGAUUAUGAGUUCUUCCUCUCUCGCAAGCUAUAAAUGCAUUGCCCGUUUCUCUCGCUCUCCCAAAUGAAAACUGUGGCGAUGUGAAUGUAAUAAACCAGGUUGUACACAAGUAGAUCAGUUUCUAACUAGGGGUUUGCCAUAAUUUAGUCUCUUGUCCUCCCUCUUCCUUGUAUUAUAUCUGUAUAUGAGUCUUUCUCAGCUGUUAUUUGUGUACCUAAAAUUUUUUGGGGGGUUUCCGCCUUGCUCUUGCUGCUACUGUUAAUUGUUUCUCUUAAACGUUUAUCUUUCAAUAAGUUUAAUGUCAUCUACCAUAGUUCUUUUCUUA